AAGCUACUGCAACUUUUCCACACUUGAAAAACUGCAACGUCUUCUCAGUGCUUUGCAACGCGACAUAGUCUCUUCACAAUAAAAUCACCAAGCUCUUCCAGUUUAUUCCUACGCUGCUUUGCUUUAUCAUGCAUAACAGCCUUGUUUCUCAUGUGAUCAUCUGUCUUUUCUGCAUCGGAGUGACUGCCCAGUCUGAGCUGGAGACAGACGAAGUGGUGCCCACACUGCUGUCGGGGCAGGAGGCGCACCUGUCUUCCGGCCAAAGUGUCCGUGCACUGUGGCGCCGUGUUCAGCGCUCCCUGGACCCCCUGAGGGGAGGACACUCCGACCCGGAUAACUUAAUUCUAUCACUGCCCGCUUUCGGAAGGAGCCUGUAUUUAAAUCUGACGUGGGACAGCGCGUUUCUCUCGAGGGACUUUGUUGUUGAGGAGAGGUCCGGAGACAACACCACAGUGAUGGACUUAUCCAUGAACCAGCUCUGCUUUUAUUCCGGCUUCAUUAUCAACCACACAGAUUCUCUGGCAUCAUUGAGCACCUGUGGCGGCCUGACUGGGCUUAUCCAGAUCGGGGACGACAGCCUAUUCAUUCAGCCGGUGGGUGAAAAUGGCCCCUCACAAUCUUUCUCUGGACUAAAACACCGCCUGCACCGACACCGACGUGACAAGACCAGCUCUGCUCCGGAUGCUGACCAGCCUGACUAUUGUGGGACUGUACAAGGGAAGAAGAAGGUGACGAUGUCAAAAGGUCGCAGGACAAGAAAAGCCAUUCGCCUGCCCGAAGCAUUCACCGUGGAGACGGUGGUGGUGGCAGACUCUGACAUGGUGCAGUACCACGGUGCUGCGGUGGCACAGAGGUUCUUGCUGACAGUCAUGAAUAUGGUCUACAACAUGUUUCGCCACCAAAGUCUGGGAGCCCGGAUCAACAUUCGUAUCACCAAACUGGUGUUGCUUCACAGCCGCCCAGUAAAGUUAAAGGUGGGCCAUCAUGGAGAAAGGUCUCUGGAGAGCUUCUGUCAUUGGCAGUAUCAAGAGUUCGGUGGUCCACGGUACUUUGGCACCAACUACAUUCCUGGUGAAAGGGAUGGCAUCCCACCAGUGGACGCUGCUGUCCUUGUUACCAGGACAAAUUUCUGUGUCCAUAAAGACGAACCCUGUGACACUGUGGGUAUUGCUUAUCUGGGGGGUGUAUGCAGUGCCAAGAGGAAGUGUGUGUUGGCAGAGGACAAUGGACUGAAUUUGGCUUUCACCAUUACUCAUGAGCUGGGACACAACAUGGGUAUGAGCCAUGAUGACGACCACGCCAACUGCACUAGUCACUCACACAUCAUGUCUGGUGAAUGGGUGAAAGGAAGAAACCCCAGCGACCUGUCCUGGUCCUCCUGCAGCCGUGACGACCUUGCAAAUUUUCUGAGGUCCAAAGCCAGUGCCUGCCUUCUCCACACGGACCCAAGAAGCCGUUACCAGGUUCAGCUUCCUCCCAAGCUGCCAGGCAUGCACUACAGUGUGGAUGAACAGUGUCAGAUCCUGUUUGGAACUAAUGCCACUUUCUGCAGUGAUAUGGAGCACCUGAUGUGCGCUGGCCUUUGGUGUUUAGUAGGGGGAGAUUCAUCCUGCAAGACCAAACUGGAUCUUCCUCUUGAUGGAACAGAGUGUGGAGCAGACAAAUGGUGCAGGGCAGGUGACUGUGUCAGUAAGACUCCCAUUGCUCAGCAUGUGGAUGGUGACUGGAGUCCAUGGAGCCAGUGGAGCCUUUGUAGCAGGAGUUGUGGUACUGGAGUACAAUUCAGACAGAGGAAGUGUGACAAUCCUCCGCCUGGUCCUGGUGGGCGAAACUGUCAGAGCACCAAUGUGGAGCACAAGGCCUGCGAACGUCCUCCUUGUCCAAAGGGGGCACCUAGCUUCAGAGACUUGCAGUGUCUCUCCUAUGACCCACAUUCAAGGAAGAUAAAGGGCAGCAUGCUGACUGCUAUUAUUGAUGAUGAGAAUCCAUGUGUGCUGUACUGCACACCAGUGGGUCGGGAUGUUCCAAUCCUGAUGGCUGACAGAGUGAUGGAUGGGACGCCCUGUGGACCAUACGAGGCUGACCUUUGUAUUAAUGGAAUGUGUCAGAAAAUUGGUUGUGAUGGCAUCAUCGGCUCUUCAGCUGAAGAGGACCGCUGUGGUUUUUGUGAUGGAGAUGGACGUUCCUGUAAGGUAGUGAGAGGAGACUUCAACCACACCAAAGGAAUGGGCUACAUCGAAGCUGUGAUUAUUCCGACAGGAGCCAGGAGGAUCAAAGUUGUGGAGGACAAACCCUCACAUAGUUUUCUGGCUUUGAAAGACUCCAGUCAGAGAUCCAUCAACAGCAACUGGAAGAUCGAGCUUCCAGGAGAGUUUGAGCUGGCUGGGACCACAGUGCGCUAUGUUAGAAGGGGACUGUGGGAGAAGAUGUCUGCCAAAGGACCAACUAGGACACCCUUACACCUAAUGGUGCUACUCUUUCAUGAUCAGAGCUAUGGGAUCCACUAUGAGUACACAAUGUCUCUCAACUCAACUCAGGACAGAAUCAGCAAAGAGCAGAGGGAACCACAUUAUCUCUACAUCUGGACACACAGCAGCUGGGAGCACUGUACUGCCCAAUGUGGAGGAGGUGAGAGGAGAACAGUGGUUUCUUGCAUGAGGAUAGUCAAUAAAACCAUGGAGGUGGUCAAUGAUAGUUACUGUCAACCAGAGAACCGACCACUCCCCCAAGUACAACUCUGCAAUUCUCAUCCCUGUCAGCACCGGUGGGUGACAGGAGAGUGGGGAUCCUGCUCAGCCACAUGUGGUAAAGGUUUUCGCAAGAGGGAGGUGGUUUGUGUUUACCAUCUACAGAAUGGUUCACUCAUCAACACCAGUGAAUUAUAUUGCCAAGGAGGAAAACCUGUUGUUGUGCAGGCUUGUGAGGGCCAACCCUGCCUCACUAUGUGGGAGGUUUCACAGUGGUCCAAGUGCUCGUCCGACUGUGGUCACGGUGUUCACAAACGGACGGUGUCAUGUACAAACCCUCUGGGUCUAUGUGAUCCUCUGUCUCAGCCUGCUAGAGAGGAGCCCUGUGAGGAUCACUCCAAAUGUUACGAAUGGAGGACUGGUGACUGGUCCAAGUGCUCGUCAUCCUGCGGGAAGAGCCUGCAAUCACGAGUGGUCCACUGUAUGCACAAAGUGACUGGUCGCCAUGGAAAUGACUGCCCAGUGGCUCUUAUGCCUCCGACGUACCGGUCCUGUUACCAUGGUAUCUGCAGUGAGAAAAACACCACCACCUCCCCCAGGCUAGGUGAGAUACUUGUCACAACUUUGUUCUAUGCAUACGAGGACCAGUGGACAGAGUACUGUUGUGUGAUCCAAGAGAAGAACCUCUGUCAGGACGUGAGGUGCUACCAUGCUGAAAUCUUUUGUGGGUUUUAUGCCAAGAAAAUACUGCACACGACUAAAUGCUAUUUUCUUCCCACAUAA